CGUUUCUAUUUCUGAUGGUCACAGCGUACGUACUCAACCAAUGAUGUUAUCUAUCAUCUAAUGCAAAAAGUGUACUAUUUGUUCAAAAUGCCACACCCACCACGAUUACCACGUUCCACGAUCUUUUGUCCAAUGAAUUGCCGCAAUCGCUUGGCCCUUGGAAUUUUGAGCUUAAGAUAUUUUUGAAUAACAAAUUUUCAAGGCCUGCAAACUUUGAACCAAACCAGAUAGCCAACAGAUAUCUCUACACUCUUCAAUUGUCCUAUUACAACAACCAAACGAUUAGUAUAAUUAAUAACUCGAAAUCCAUCAUCACAAAAAUUCCAGAUACCGGUGCACUUUUCAAUGAUUCUUCAAGUCCUGCAAACUCAGCACUUAUAGAGCACAUCAAACAUGGAUGCGCCAACAACAUGGGAACUACAACGGAAAGUUUUGACCUUCUUAUAACGAAAAAGCUUGCCAGCCUUUGGACUGUAAAGCAGACAAUAAAGGGAGAAGGAGGAUAUGGAUAUAUAAUUUCUGUGCCUGGAUUGAAUGAAAACGGGAAGGAUGAAAAAUUCAAACUGAGAACUAGUAACUGCUUUCUCCACGGAUUGUUCAAAGGAUUUCUUAUCGAAAUAGAACACCUUGAUGAUGAAAUUCAUCAAGACGAUAAUUUGGAGCGUAACGGUUUGAUUGUUAAAUUUACGAAUAGCAUCAAUAAGAUCAAAAGCUUGAUAGAUUUGUACAAGUUUCCAGAAGGCAACUUGUGCUUCAACGUUCUCAAUGAGACUAAGCUGGACUAUCUAAGUGACUUAUGUCAGCAGUAUUGCGAUGCGUUACAGUUUUAAAUAUAACAAUAUGAAAAUCUUAAAGCUUUGUUGCCUAUGCGUGUGACUUUGUCAAGUGGGUUCUUUCGCGUUCAACCCUUAUUCUGACUGCUAAUUUGCUCUGUUCGUAGGUGAAAUUCUUCUCUUCUUCCGUGAGUUUUACGGAGCGCAUUUCAACAGCAGGGAAGAGCGUCUCCAGAGAGUUAUCGCUUCCGGUUUCCGAUGUCCCAGAUGAUAUCAAAGUGUCCGACGAAUCAGAUUCUUGGGUACUUUCAUAGUAUACUUUAUCAAGCUUCAUAAUGGACAUUGAUGGUUUAGCACGUAAAGUGUUGCGAUUGCUGGAUUGCAGCGGUUGAGAGAUUUGCAGGUUGACUGCAGACCUAUGAGAUUUCAGUCCCCUUGGCCUGUUGGAGUCCAGUAGUGUGACUCUGGUACUUUGAAGCCUUUGUUCUUUUGACUUCAAAGUUGCCUUGUAGAUCCUUUCCACCUGUAUGUGGUAUGCAAGUUUUUGAACAUAAAAUCUAAUAAUCUUUGCUCUAUCGUUCUUAUCGAAAAUCUUGUUAUUUGAACAGGCUCUUUGAGCAGAUAUGAUCUCUCUCGCAAUAUCUGUUUUCACGCGUUGGCUAAUAUUAUGUUCCUUGUAUAUAUCAGAUUUGUUGACCAACACAUCAAUGUAAUUUCUGUCCGAAGAGCUGGCUUUCAAUAUUGUAAAGUGAAAGUUUGGAGCCAUGAACUUGGGAAGUUCUGAAAACUCUUUAGGGCUAUCGCUUAAAAUCAAAUAGGAUCUGAAUUUGUUCUUGCAAUAGUCAAUCAGAAUUCGAUAAGGGUCGUCAAGGAAGAUCUCUUUGAAUGAUUGGAUGUCAUAAACCGAGUCCAACUUGUCGUUGAUAAUCACAUCAGGAUGGAGCGGUGCAUCUGGUUUCGAGAGCCAGUCAAAAGAUACUUCCCCUGAAUCCAAGAUCUUGAGAAAGGGGGCAAAGUUGUAUAUCUUCAGUCUCUCAAACAUAUACAUCAAAGAUUUGAUUUGAAGAUCAACAGAGUCUUCAUUUUCGCCUCUCUGGUAUCUAGGAACAUUGACGGCUACCUCACUUCUAGACCAAAUAUAUCUCCACAUCAAAGCAAACACAAUAACACCACAAAUCUUAGCUUGGUGUCAAUAGACUCUAAAAUCUAUUCGCCAGUUUGUUUAGUUUAGCAUCUGAUCUUAAAUACCACAAUAGGAAAAUUAUCAAUAAAGCUUUUCGGAUUUCAUUACGUUAUAUCGCAAAAAAAUAGUCGAGCUUUCUGAACCGUUCGUUAAUAAAAAAAUAGUUUUUUCAGAUUUCUAUGUGAGGCAGUCACGAUAGAAUUCCAUCGAACUCGUCAGCGCCAAAUGUGAAUGCGGCUUUCAAAAGCUUUGUCGAAUUUGGGAUGGGAAUCCAUGAAUCGAAGAUGUCAAAAUGGGGGAUCACAAAAGUACACUCACGAGGAAAAUCAAAACCUUCUCGUACCUUUAACACAUACGGAAAUGAUCGAUCGAUUUGAGAAGAUUCCUCAAUGAUUUUCGUCAUAUAUAGGUAUCUGAGGUAUUUAUGGACCGAUUCGUAAUAACAUCAUAUACAUCGCGCUUUGUCCCUGUCCCAGAGAUUUCGAUGAAAAAAGCGAAUUUUAUUCUAAUAUUUGAAGCAUGCCAAACAUGGGGCAGUUGAUUUGUGUGAGGGUAAAAUAUCAUGAAUUGCACCCAUCAAAUGCAGCAAGAUAUUGACCAAUCCUAUAAUAGAAAACAGACUUACCACAAAUAGAUUGUGAUGACGAUAUUAUGAAUCUCCAGAUGAAAGGCUCGAAAGCUAUGAAGCCUCUUGAAACUUUUCAUGGUGAGAUAAUAUUUUCGAAAUUUCCACGAACUUCUAAAACGCAAUUAUUGAAUAUAAAGGAAAAAUAAUAUUUCCAUAUAGCAAGCAAAUCAAGCUGCACUCCUCAUCCUUAAAACUAAUAAAUCUUACCCAUUUGAUACCAAUGGUCAAAGGUAAUGUUAUAGUGGUUUCAAAUAGAAUCCCAGUCACUAUUAAGAAGACUGAAGAUGAUGAAAAUGGAAAAUCAAGAUACGACUAUACAAUGUCAUCAGGCGGAUUAGUGACGGCAUUACAAGGGCUCAAAAAUCCAUUUCGAUGGUUUGGAUGGCCUGGGAUGUCUGUUGAUAGCGAACAGGGACGACAAACUGUCGAGCGGGAUUUGAAGGAAAAGUUCAAUUGUUAUCCGAUAUGGUUAAGUGACGAAAUUGCAGACUUACAUUAUAACGGCUUUAGCAAUUCUAUACUUUGGCCAUUGUUCCACUAUCACCCAGGGGAGAUGAAUUUUGAUGAAAUUGCUUGGGCCGCUUAUUUGGAAGCAAAUAAACUGUUUUGCCAAACGAUCUUAAAGGAGAUAAAAGACGGGGACGUUAUAUGGGUACAUGAUUAUCAUCUCAUGUUGUUGCCUUCACUGCUAAGAGACCAACUUAAUAGUAAGGGGCUACCGAAUGUCAAAAUUGGCUUUUUCCUUCAUACUCCUUUUCCUUCAAGCGAAAUAUACAGGAUACUUCCUGUAAGGAAAGAAAUUCUCGAAGGAGUGCUUAGUUGUGAUUUGAUAGGUUUCCACACCUAUGAUUAUGUCCGUCACUUUCUUAGUUCGGUUGAAAGAAUAUUGAAAUUGCGAACGAGCCCACAAGGUGUUGUCUAUAAUGAUAGACAGGUGACUGUAAGUGCUUAUCCGAUUGGCAUUGACGUUGACAAAUUCUUGAAUGGUCUUAAGACUGAUGAGGUCAAAAGCAGGAUAAAACAGCUGGAAACCAGAUUUGGUAAAGAUUGUAAACUUAUUAUUGGGGUGGACAGGCUGGAUUACAUCAAAGGUGUACCUCAAAAACUCCACGCGUUUGAAAUUUUCUUGGAGAGACACCCUGAGUGGAUUGGAAAAGUUGUUUUGAUACAGGUGGCUGUCCCCUCACGAGGGGACGUUGAAGAAUAUCAAUCUUUGAGGGCAGCUGUAAAUGAGCUAGUGGGAAGAAUCAAUGGUAGAUUUGGUACCGUCGAAUUUGUUCCUAUCCAUUUCCUUCAUAAAAGCGUGAACUUCCAAGAGCUGAUAUCUGUCUACGCUGCUAGUGAUGUUUGUGUAGUGUCAUCGACACGGGACGGAAUGAAUUUGGUCAGUUAUGAAUACAUUGCUUGUCAACAAGAUCGAAAGGGAUCUCUAGUACUAAGUGAAUUUGCGGGAGCUGCUCAGUCAUUAAAUGGCGCUCUCGUAGUGAAUCCAUGGAAUACAGAAGAACUCAGUGAAGCUAUUUACGAAGGCUUGAUCAUGAGUGAAGAGAAAAGGAGGGGCAAUUUUCAGAAGAUGUUCAAGUACAUUGAGAAAUAUACUGCAAGUUAUUGGGGAGAGAACUUUGUGAAAGAAUUGACGAGAGUGUGAUUACUGUGGUUUGCAGGUUAAUUUGAAAUGUUCACUUGUACUUGAAGAAUUUUAUAUUAUAUACAUGUUAUACAUCAAUAGGAUAAAAAUUAAGUAGACAAAG